UUAUUUUUUUGGUUAUGUAUAUGUGUAUGUCAAUAUUGUCAAUAAUAGUCAGUAUAUAUCGCGUAUAUAUAUGCUAAAUUAGUCCGUAGUUUAAUUAGUGAAUGUGCUCUUAAUACUUUAGCUAUGGGUGGAAAAAGAAAACAAGCUCAGAGAACGAAGAAUAAUGCCAGGCCAUCAAGUAGUGCUCGAAGUGCUGAAUUACUGGGCUCUUCUCUUACUCAGUUUGUCGGCGUUUCGGGUCUUAAAGACGCCGGUUUAAUUCUGCCUAGUUUUUCACUAACAAGUGAUGAAUUGGAUUCUUCCAUUGAUACAAACUUCCAACUCGUAUUGAAAAAAAUGAAUAAGAAAGAUUCUACAACAAAACUUAAAGCGUUACAAGAAUUUACGGAAUUGUGUAAAAACAGCGAAUCUGCAAUGAUAAAAACAGUUUUACCUUUUUGGCCAAGAAUAUACUGUAUAUUAGCAACUGAUUCUGAUCACAAAGUUCGAGAGGCAACACAUAUUGCUCAUAUAGAGGUUGUACAGAAGGUCAAAAGGAAUUUGGCACCAUAUUUAAAACAAUUAGCUGGAGCUUGGUUUACUUCACAGUAUGAUACAUAUCCUCCCGCUGCCACUGCUGCUACUAGAGCCUUCGAAGCAGCUUUUCCUGCAAAUAAGCUCAUAGAUGCAAUCAUUUUUUGUCAGGAGGAAAUAUUAGAAUACAUAUAUGACAAUAUUAUUGUACAAACACCACAAACAGUUGGUGUUUCAAAAAAUAUAUCAUCUGAAGAUGCUGAAGCAAAAUAUCAUCGCAUUAUGGUAUCAAGUUUGCAAGGAUAUGCCCUUUAUUUAAAAAAAGUCCCUUCUGCAUAUAUUGAAAAAACACUGGAACAUAAUGCAAAGAUUAUUACCAAUCAAAAAUUUUGGAAAAUAUCAAAAGCAAAAGUUGCUUCAAUUCGAUCAUCCUGGUUUUCAGUUAUUAGUGCUUUGUGUCAGAAAUCUCCAUUUCUUUUAAAAAAUGAAAGUUCACAUGUAGUGGGGAGUGUAUUUGGUAAUUUGGAUGAAGGAGACCCUUCUGUUUUAUGCACAUUUUGGGAAGCUGUUUUAUCCACAAUAACAACAAUUGAGGAGUGGUGGAAAUAUAUAAAUGUUGAGAAAGUAGUUUUGAAUAAAUUGUGGAAAAUUCUUAGGGAAGGUGGCCAAGGUAAUGCAUCAGUGAUUUACCCAAAUUUGCUGCCAUUAGUAUCUCAUUUUCCAUCUCUACCUGAUAUGACGAUAUUUUAUUCGACAUUUUUUGAAAAUUUACGAAUAGGUUUAAAGUAUAAAACUGCAAUCUCCAGUAGAUCAGAGGCAGUUGCAAUUUCGACUGCUUUUGUUGAAUGCCUUCAGUUUGUUAUUUUGAAAAACCAAAACGACGUUACACUUUGUGAAAAACUGAUUAGAACCCAAUUGAUAUCAUCAAUAGAAUGGUCUCUUACAGAACCGCAGGCAGUUUAUAAAACAGUUUUUAAUCAAAUUGCAACAGUUGUUCAAUAUUGGAGUAGAAAUGUGGACAAUCAGGACGUUCCUCAGUACAAUCACUAUCUUCAAUAUUUUUGGAAAAAUUUGGAGUCGUUAUUUCAAGGACUUCUACUAAAUUUAGAACUAAAUUUCGAAACCAACGCCGUUUCUGACUUUGCCAAUAGACAAAUUGAACUGUUAAAGUCUUUACGACAAAUUACAAAAUCGAAAAAACAAAUGAAAGUCGUUUUUACAACUGAGUCUCAUGAAGAACAAAGUAACUCCAAUAUUUCAAAAAGUAACAGUUUUUCGGAAAGUUAUUUGAGCAUGUUGGACGGCGUUAUUUUAAACGUUUGUAAAUCGUACGUGAAAUUUAUUAACGAGAAAAAGUCAAGAGAGCUAUUACAGUAUUUGUAUGUCUUGCUUCAAGAUUUCGAAAGUAAGAAAUUUUUUGAAUUUUUAAACGCACAAGUUACAAGCAGCACUUCUAACAGUCUUUUGGAUAUUUUUGAAAAAUUAUUAGCUCAAUGGCUCAAAGACGAUCAGCUGUCUUCGGUUUAUGUUAUUGAUUUGAUUUUUUUACUUUUGAAACAUGCCAAUGUGGACGAAAAAAUCGCAAUCUUGGAUUCUCUACUAAAGAUUUCAGAUGAACAGGUGUUUAGUUGGUGUCUUCAAAAAUCGUUAUCAUUUCCAUAUAAACAAUGUCCUAUAUUACAGAAGUGGCUGAAAAAGCCUGAAAUAGGAGCAUUUUUCGUUGAAAUUUCUAAGAGAAUUGUCGUUGGAAAGUGCUCCCCGGAGUUAAGUUUAAUUUUAAAACAAACUUUAGAAGAAAACGAAGACGAGGAGUUAUUUAUAUCAGAUCAAGUCCUUCAAGAAAUCAUUAACACAUUUGUAGGGGUACUUUUGUCUCCUCUAAAAUAUUCGACGACUUUAGAUGUUUGUGUUCGAUUUUGUGCUCAUAUAGCAGGGGCAAUAUACACAGAAAAGUAUAAAUUAUCUCAUGGGAGCAGUUUACUUUUAUCUCUAUUCAGAUUGUCCUGUUUAACAAAUUGUGUUGGAGACAGUAUAACCUCAGACACGGUGUGGGAAAUGAAAAACGUUUGGCAGGAUGUGGUUUCUAUGUUAAGCAAGGAAUUAUCAUUGGAGGAGUUCAAAUUCCUUUUUAUAGAAUUCUCAGAUAUUAUUGAAGACCUUGUUUUAAAUCGGAAUCGUAAAGAGGACUUUGAUUUAGGCUUCUUAGUCGAUAAAAUUAUUUUAUUGGUAAAGAGUAUUCAUUCUGGGAAUUCUCUGCGCAUUAGCGACGCCUUGCACUUGAUUUUGAAACGCGAUUUCUUGAAUGAGUGCGAGAAACAAGUAAGUUACCUAUGUAAGAAAGCUGAAUAUGUUAAAGGAAGAUUAAGUUGUCCUUAUGAAGAGCUUGCGUUUGUUGAAAUGGAAUCAGAGUUCAGCGUGAGCAAUUAUUUCUUUUGGAGUCAUUUAACGGCAAACAUUUUUACUACACCGUUACCUAACAAAGGAAAUGACGAUGAUGAUGAUGACGAAGAAGGAGGUGGAAACGAAGAGUUGGGGACUAAAAUAAUUGAAUAUCUUUCUGAACCUGAAGAAUUUGUUAUUGCGAGUAUUUAUUCAAUAGCUUUGGCGAAAUCAUUCGUCGAAAACUUUAAAAAUACGAAGUAUUUCGAAGAAACAAUGCAACGUUAUAUCUCAAUAAAACAAACGAUAAAGGAUCUGAUUCAAACCGGAACUGAACAAUUUCGGGACAAUGUAGAGGAAUCCCUUUGCAAGAAAACCAUGCAGGAAGGAUGGAUAUGGGCAGAGGCUAUCCACUUAUUUUAUUCAGAAAUUCGUAAGAAAAAACUUGGUUUUGCUUAUAUCGAUUUAGUGGAAAAUUAUAGCGAUGAAAUCGAUUCUGAAAUAAGCGUGGUACAUUUAGGACAAGUAUUUUCUGAAAGCUUGACUUAUGACCACGUAUCUUACGACUUGAUGCCUUUGGAGAGUGUUAUAUGUUUGAGGAGUCUGUUGCAUUGUGACGAAAUUGAUGUACAAAUAGCUGAAGUGUUUGGAAAAAUAGAUAAAUUUAAAGCUGAUAAAAAAUUUCUAUUGCAAGGAGACUCUUUUACGUGGAAAGAUUAUCAAAUAUUAAUUGAAGUAAUUCGUCUUAUGUCGUCAAUUAUUGAACAGAACGGCGAUUUGCUGAGUUCCGCUCGUUGGGAUUUUACUGUGGUGGCGUACACCACGUGGUUGGAGAAUGUACUUAAAAUGAAUAAUCAGUUUAAAAAAAUCGAGUUGGAAGCUUUACUAGCAGCUAUGUCUAAUUUAUUCGUUGCUAUUAGAAAACAUAUAUUAUAUUUAUACAAACAGCUUCCGUAUGUUGCUAAGGCUACUAUAGACGAAUGGAAGAAUUUAUUUGCAGCAGAUGUACAUCGGUUUAACAUUGAAUUAUGGCUUCAUUUUGUUGAAUAUUACCAAAAUGAACACAAUGUACCUCUCCGAGACAUUCCUCUUCUUCAAGAGUUUGGUAAAUUACUACAAUUCUUGGAUUACAAUUGUUUGUUCAGUAAAAAAGACGCAAAAACUCCUAAAUGGACUAAAUUGGUGGAAAAGUGUUGUUCACUUUUAACUCAUCCACUGAAUACACUUCAGUUGUGGUCCUACAAUUUGCUAAUGGUAUUGCUACCCGGUUUGGUCGACAUUGACUCGAAUUCUGUCAAUUCAAACACCCCACAUGCUACAGGAUUAACUAUAGAGCAUUUUAAGACUACGUUAAUACACACAGAAGAAAUCGUUCAUUCAAUGUUAUUAGAAUUCAGACUUGGAGAAGAUAGCUGUACUGUUCAACCAUUUACAGACUCGUAUUCUUACACCUUCUCCUAUUUGCUAUUGUGGGAUGUGAUUUUAUGUUUGUGCAAUUUGUCGUCCACAGAAUUACGAUAUCAGUACGCAGAUUGGAUAAAGAAUAAUGACUUUUUGACAAAAUUACUCAAUAACCUAUUCCGUUUGAUGCCCACUGAAGUCUUACAUCAAAACAGUACCAAAGUUAAACCAUAUGCAAAUUUAUUUUUGGAGAAGUUUUCCAAUAGUUACACAGGCAGUUUUCUGAGUUUACACAUUGAGCAUAUGGUUUGCUGGACGUAUUACCAAACUUUGUCCCAACUGCCGGCUUUAGUGAGGCAGUGGUGGUCAGUAACAGAGUCCAAAGUAUCUCAAAUAGUAGAAAGAGUCACUUCAGUGUACGUCUCUCCAACUCUAUGUUCCCAAGAACUUUCUGACGUCAUUCAACACGAAAAGAAGUUUAAAAACAUGACAGUGAAAGUUUAUCCCAAUGUGAGAGAAGUUGUGGCUAUUUAUACUGUGGAUGAAGCUCAGAUGGAACUGUUGAUUACUUUACCUCCUAACUAUCCUCUAAAAGUACCGGAUAUUCAGUGCAACCGACAGAUCUGUGGGACUUCUCAUAGACAGUGGAUUCUGCAACUUAAAACAAAUGUGUUGCACCAGAAUGGAAGAAUAUGGGAUGGUCUGUCUUUAUGGAAUAAUAAUUUGGAUAAGAAAUUUGAAGGGGUUGAAGAGUGUUACAUUUGUUUCGCAGUUUUGCACCAGGGUACUUAUCAGUUGCCCAAGCUUUCAUGCAGCACUUGUCGAAAGAAGUUUCAUUCAGCAUGUUUGUACAAAUGGUUCAGUACCAGCAACAAAAGUACUUGCCCAAUCUGCAGAAAUCUGUUCUAAAUUUGUGAUACGUAUAUA